AUGGUGGCUUCCAAGGGGAGCGCCUUGAUGGUAGCGGCUGUGCUGCAGCUGCUGCUGUUGGCGAGUAACGCCGUGCCGUGCGCGGGUCAGGACCCGAGCUUGCAGCAGUGCGUGCAGCUCGAUUACAUGGAGGCGCGAACUCUAUCAUAUGUGGCUUUGGGUCUGGAUUACCUUCCGUACGAGCUGACUGACGUCACUACCUGCGUCAAUCUCGGCCUCACUUGUAGCGACAGUGGCUAUGUCACUUAUAUCAAUUGGCAGAACAAGGGAAUACAAGGGGAGCUGCCUCCAGAUAUUUUCCAGCUGAAGCACCUUGACUCCCUGUACAUGGACAGAAACAAGUUUUCCGGAACCCUUCCUGAUGCCAUCGGCAACAUGGUCUCUCUCACUGAGCUCGUGCUGAUGUACAAUGACUUCACAGGGCCGCUGCCCAGCAGCAUGGGGCGCCUCACCAACCUCUACAACUUAGACUUGUCACACAACCACCUGUCAGGGACCCUCCCCCAGUCCUUCUCCACCAUGGCCAGCCUCAGCACCAUUUCGCUGAACAGCAACUUGUUUUCGGGGUCGCUGUCUCCCCUCGCUGCUCUCUCCUCCCUCAUGGGCAUGUGA